AUGGAUUACCCAAUUACUAGGGAGGGAGUUUUCGCGUUGAGCUUUUGCAAUCCAUGGGCAGCAGCUUCCAGUUCACUUCCUCUUCAGUCAGAACUCCUCGCACGAGCGUUAGACAAUCUGAAUGAACUUCCCAUCUUCUGUUCGUGCGGCUGGAGAGAAAAGUUAGGGUUUCCAAGAGGGAGAUCGCUUCUGCUUGUUCCGUGGAGAUCGCCUUCACCGUUUUGGAGAAGCCAUCGAUUAGGCGUCCCCGUGAGUCUCUGCAUACGCAGGCUAUUGCUGCCCUGUUUUCCGGUACUCCUCUGUUCUUGGCCAUGUUUGCUGGUGCGGCUUCUUGCUGUACAAAGGAGGCGUCAAUGUUUGCUCGGAGUGAGUCAGGGGGCGGGGGUUUCCACCGGGCCUUUCCUUCGAAGAUAUAGUGAUUACGGUCUUGCCAUAUACACCACAAGCGAGUUGUCUUGCCAGAUUUUUGCUGUCCAUGGACAUAACAGCAGUGUAUGUUCAAUGGUCUCGGCUUCUUUUUGGCAUAUGGGACAAAGUGGGUCAGCAUUCCAUGAAGGCAUUGGAGUAUCCCCUACUUGAAGAGGUGACUCGACUUUCUCAUAGACCUUUCUAAGAGGAAGACCAAGAACCUCACUAUUGAAGAAAGGAAGGAGUUCGAGAAGGCUUUGAACAAAAUCCAAUCUUUGUCACCUGUCAUCCUUGCUAGAUCUGGAGAGGGCGGCCUCGUCGACACCCUUGCCUCAACGAGACCGAUGCUCAUGUGUACCAACAUAGGGCCACCCUCACUCAGGCAAGGCCAGCCCUCCUUAGCCACCAAAAGACAAUGAAAAAAGAGAGGAAGAAAUAAACAAAAAAAAUAUUACAAUAUUAUUAAAAAUGUCAACAUUAGUACUGAUCAGCCACCUAUGUAGCA